AUGGGUUGUGUUGUUGGAUCUGUAAGUACAAUAUCUUAUUUAAAUCUUAAUUUUGUCUUUGCAUUGCGCGAGCAGUAUAUGAAGAAAAUUCAUGUUUUUCUCUUUCAAAUCUCGGCAUAUGACGUCGUAUUACAUCGGCGGUCGUACAAUCGGCAGACUGCAGACCAAGUACAAAAUGCUGAAUAGGUAUAAAUUGCAGACUGAAAUUGCAGACUUGGUAUAAAAAUAAUGCAGAUCUGCAGAUUAUACUGACCGUUUACAUCCGUGAAUGUGAAAGCACAGGCACAGAAUGAAUAAUAGCACGGGUAAAAGCACUGAACACAAAGUCUAUUGGCGGCCGACUUCCGGUAUGGCCGCCAUGUUGAAAGAAAGCCUCCAGAGUAAUUUAUUAUUAUUAUUAUUUAUUUCUUGGAAUUAACAACGACCACGAGUGCUUAAAAAUAAAACAACUUUAUAUUGUUUACAACGUUUUGGAGUGUUACUCCAUCUUCACGUAAUAAAGAUUGCCGUUUUAACCGUUUCACUAAUGGCUCGGCUGCGCCUCGCCAUUGUUCAUGGCACUUGUAUUUGGAAAUAGAAACCACGUCUAAAACACUAACUCGGAUUUGAACUAUUACAUCAACAUGCUAUGCAAACAACAACCCCUGUGACAUUUAAACUAAAGUCUUGAGAAUUAGUAUCAUUUAUUUAUUUUAAUUUUUGUUCAUUAUUUGUUUAUCAUCUAUUUUUCCCCUAGCUAUGUACGUAAGAAUUAGAUCCGCCGAAAACUAACAAAGAUAUGGCCAUUCAAAACGUGGGGGGAAGCCCCCAGACCCCUCUAGAUGGCUCGCACCUUCGGUGCUCGACUCGGUUGUCUCAGAAUCCUAGUUACGGGCCUGAUCUGCUGCUCUGUGACGUAUACUCAAACCAUGCAUACAGUAUAUAUGCUGGUAGCUGCAGUAAUACAGACUUGCCGAUUGGAACUUCCCCAGGUCCCCCGCGACAGAGCCUAUUUUAGUGUGCAGCAUUGCACACUUUGUGCAGUAUUGAAUAAAAAGUGUGCAGUAUUGAAUGCAAAAGUGUGCAAUAUUGAAAUUUGAAGUAAAUUUCAACUUUGUAUUAGAAGUGCUGAAAGAGCGAAGUAGAUCAAAUAUAAAGUCGAGAAUUCCAAAAUACCUUUGCAAAACAAUGAGCAAAGGAACAAACAAAGAUUGGCCAAAUAAAUGCCAAGUUCCAGUGAUAAUUCCAAUAUUCAAUUGAUUUUCGUGUCCAGAAAAGCCGGUGUACUUCUUUCCUCCACAAGGAAAGAGCCUGGAAACGAGGUUGUCAUUUGAGUCGCAUCAGUAAAUUACUACAAUAGGUUAUGGCUGAUUUUAAUUUGUAAGGGUUUUACUUUUUUGGGGACACCCAGUAUGUUGUCAUUAUGUUCUAUAUAAAAACAUAACAAUUCAAAGAUGACGUCACAGGAUGACGUCAUUGAUGACACCUGCUCUGAAGUAUGCACUAUUGAAAUUUCCUUAGAAUAGGCCCUGCCCCACGAAAUAUGUCCCCACCCGAAAUACCAAUCCCGCAUGCCGUGUACGUUUAGAGAAAUUUGAGGACACGAAGCCCUAUGAAGUACAUAUUUGGUAUACACAUUUGAUAUUUAAUCUAUGACUUAAAUAGCUGGGGCCGGUUGUUCAAUGCUUGGUUAGUUUAACCUUUGGUUAACUUAAAGUUCAAAGCAAACUUCCCAAGUGCUUUUUUAUAAAUUUGGAAAUAUUUCGUCAGAGAUCUUGUCUGAAUCAGCAGGAGUUUUCUUCAGGGGUGUGUGUGUGUAUAUAAUUGCCAUUUGUUUCCCCCUUUUGGGGGGGGGGAUGUCAGGGUCGUGGGGGAAGAAAAUGACCCUAAAGAGGAAGGGGAAGAAAGGAGGGAAGGAAGGAAAAGGAAAGGAAGGAGGGAAAGGGAUAGAAGGAGGAAAAGGGAAAGAAGGAAGGAAAGAAGGAGGGGAAAGGGAAAGAAGAAGGGAAAGAAGAAGGAAAAGUAGCAGGGAAAGAAGAAGGGAAAGUAGUAGGGAAAAGGAAAAGUAGCAGGAAAAAGGAAAAAAAGAAGGGAAAGGGGAAGAAGAAGGAAAAGAAGAAGGGAAAGAAGAAGGGAAAGAAGAAGGGAAAGAAGAAGGGAAAGAAGAAGGGAAAGAAGAAGGAAAAGGGAAAGAAGGAAAAGGGAAAGAAAAAGGGGAAGGAAGAAGAGAAAGGAGAAGGGAAAGAAGAAGGAAAAGUAGUAGGGAAAGAAGGAGGGAAAGAAGAAGGGAAAGAAGGAGGGAAAAGGAAAGAAGGGGGAAAGGGGAAAAGAAGGAAAAGGGAAAGAAGGAAGUAAAGGGACGGGAAGGAGGGAAAGGGAAAGAAGAAGGGAAAGGGAAAGAAGAAGGGAAAGAAGAAGGAAAAAGGAAAGAAGGAGGGAAAGGGGAAAAAGAAGGAAAAGGGAAAGGAAGGAAGGAAAGGAAAGAAGGAGGAAAAGAGAAAGAAGGAGAAGGGAAAGGAUGGAAAGGGAAAGGGAAAGGAAGGAUGGAAAAAGAAAGAAGAAGGGAAAGGGAAAGAAGAAAGGAAAGAAGUAGGAAAAGGGAAAGAAGUGGGAAAAGGGAAAGGAAGGAGGGAAAGAAAGGAGGGAAAGGGAAAGAAAGAGGGAAAGGGAAAGAAGGAUGAAAAGGGAAAGAAGGAGGGAAAGGGAAAGAAAAAGGGGGGGGAAGGAAAGGAAGGAGGGAAUAGAGGAAAAAGGAAAGGACAGUUAGGAGUCUGAACCGCUCCGGGAUUGGGAAAGAAAGUAACCCUUCCAAAAUUUGGGGGGGGGAAAUACCCCCCCCCCCCCUGAUAAUUAUAUACACCUCUGGUUUUCUUUUCUGAAGUUUGAAAUAAACAGAUGUGCAGAAAUACAUAAGCUAAAACAGCAGAUUAAAUUUUAACCAAGGGUUGCAGCUUUGAACAAGCGGGCCCUAUAGGCUCUAAGACUAUGUGAGUAUGUUCACACGAAACCAAGUAUAUAUGGAACUUAUUUACUAAUUUGUCCAAUUCCAUUUAUUCACACCCAGUAUAGAAAGUGUGGCAGCAUUUGCGGAGAUCUCGAGUGUGCAUGGAAAGAUGUGCACAUUCAAAGCGUGCACUGUGUACUCAUCUCAAGUGCAUGUGCAAUAGAUGUUUCCAGCUAGCUAUAAACUAAAUUUUGAUUAAAAUGAGUAAAAUUGCAAAGUUAAGUUUGGUUGCGAAAUGUUGUAAAAUGAGCAAGAUAUACCCCUGCGAAAUUUGCAAAUUUUGUAUUAAUUUGUAUUGCGCAACGCAAAAUGCACCACAUUUGGGGCGAGAGUGAUGCAUUUUCCCGUGCGUAAGGCCACAUAAAAAAAUUGCUUGUUUAGCGUCCCCGCCCGACCUGAUAAAAGUCCCCGACCUCCAAUUUUUUUAUUUUUUUUUUUAAUCCAUCCGAGUUCAGUGCAAAAACUCUCUAUAAAAAAGACCGUUUUACUUGAAAAAAUGGUGAUUUUAUUCUUUUGGGAGCUAUGUAAUUCGUUUACACAAAGUUCCCUUCCCAGAAUAUGCCUGUUCGCAGCUAAAGUGUUCGCGCGUGACCGUCAAACGGUAAUUUUCUGUUUUAUUAAAAACAUGAACUGUGAUUAAAAAACAUGAACGGAUUUUGAAAGAAUUAAAGUGAGUUUUGACUGUGGUAAUAUACUGGAUUUCCUGCAUUUAGCAGAAUUUUGUGUUGCAUUUUACGAAGAAAAAAACAAAAAAACCCGCCCGCCCGACCUAGAAAAAUUAAAAUGGGUGGACGCUAAACAAGUAAUUUUUUUUAUGUGGCCUAAUACAAAUUAAUACAAAAUUUGCAAAGUUUCGUAGGGCUAUAUAGCCUAUAUUUUCCUUAUUUUACAAGAUUUCGCAACCAAACUUUGCAAUGUUUCUAAUUUUAAGAUGCUGUUUCUAGCUGUGGUGAUGGAUUUCGUUUUUCUUGCCUAGAUCAAAAUUAAGUCUAUAGCUGGAAUUAACCAUUGGUCACCUGCACUUUCUAUAAUCGGUCAUAUGUAUUAUGUAAUUCCCGCCGUUGAAAGGUUUAGAAACAACAAAUUAUAAUGUUUUUCAACAUUUAUCACAGCUUGAAUGGUGCUGUGGCUCGACAGCCGACAGUUGUUGUUGCGCCUGUUGUCCAUCAUGUUGCAGUUUAGUCACAACGCGAUUCAUAUAUACAUUCUUCCUGAUCCUGGGCGUGAUUGUGCCCGCCAUUUUGCUUUCUAGUAAUGUGGAAGAAAACCUAAAAGACAAGGUUUGUUAAUAUUACCAGGGAGAUUGGUAUAGAGUUAGUGUAGCAAAUUGGUCACAAAAUUGUGCAUUUGAUGAGCAUGACACAACUUGGCAUAAUGUUAGGGUAUACCCUAAGAACAUUUUUUUGCUAUUGGGCCAUUACAGAUUAGCUCCUGGUUGCCACAAAAUUUUGUUUUUCUUCCCAUUUACCUACUAAAGUAAAAUUUCAAAGUUCACUUUUAGCAAAUAUCGCCUAUAUCAUUAGAAAGCUUGCAAGAAAGCUUAUGAAGAACGGUUUUUCAAGCCUAUCCCGAGUUCAACGGUCAAAAACUGCCAAAUGGCACAAAAAGGACACAAAGUCCUUUUUUCAGCAAGUUCAACCUUGUGUACCUUAAAGUCGGUGUCGAAAAUUGUAGCAGCCGUUUAAGUGUCCUAUAUAGCUAGAUUUUUGCAAGGUGACAUAUAGGUGGUAUUUGCCAAAAGUGAACUUUGAAUUUUCACUUUUUUAUAAGGAAAUACUUAUAAUAGGUAAAUGGUAAGAAAAACAAAAUUUGUGGCAGCCAGGAAAUAACCUGUGAUGCCCCAAUAGCAAACACACAAUUGUUCUAUAAUUUGCACCAAUCUGCCCCACUAAGUUGACGGCUGACAUGUUCGAAACAUUCGCUUGGGAUACUUUACAAAUAAGGCGAGAUUAUUUGAAAUCAAUUGUUAUAUACAAAAUCUUAAAGGUGCCCUACAGUCCGUAUGUUAACAAAGCCUUUGUUUACAUUUUUGCGUCCAAAAUAUUGAGCUUUAUUCGACAACUAUUUAUAUUUUCAAGCUUCUAGAGUAUAAUAAAUGAUCAAGAAACAACAAUCAGGCUUUGCAAGAACCCAAAACAUAGUUAAACUGUUUGUAUCAUAAAAAGUGGGCUCCUUUGUGCACAUGCGCAGAUCGGACUGUAGGGCACCUUUAAAUAACCUCGCGACACUUGAAUCACUUGUUUCUAAAAUUUAGUAAUUGUCCUAUUUCAUACCAUUAACGAAAUAGUGACACAGAUUUAGUGUUGCUAAUUAAGGCUGAAGACUGACAGUUAAGCCGAAAAGGAGCUUUUCAUAUAAUGGCGCAUUUCUUUGGAAUAAGUUAUCUAUUGAUGCAAAAAAGCCAACACUUUAAGUCCCUUUAAAAAGCUUAUUCGAGAUCAAGGCUCGAUCUGAUCCUUAAAUCUACGUCAGAAAUGUUAAAUGUAAUGCGUGUAUGUAACUAGUUGUAUUGUUUUAUUCCUGUAUUCUUGUAAUUUGUUGCACGCCCGCGAGCGGCCCGCCAUGGAUAUCAGCAUUUUGUUGUUGGGGAUCCUUAGGGGAAGUCUUUUUAUAGUAAGAAGUUCAUGACAGCUACUCAAUUUAAAAGAGACACACUUUCAAAUUGUUUUGGGCGUUUCAAACAAAAUCUCUUUUUAUGUGUAUCCAUCUAGAAAUAUUUUUAUGUCUUUCAGAUUGAGUUGCUAUUAUGAAGUUCACAGAACGUGCAUAUGCCGAAUUAGCCACUGUAUGGUCCCCACGUUAAAGAUUUAAGUCAGAAGAUUUAAACCAACAGACCAAACAUUGAAAAUGUUGAUUAGUAAUUCAUACUUUAUUAUUCCAGCUUCCAUACUAUGACAAGAAUUGUGACGAAGGUGGAGAGUGUGAAAAAGUCAUGGGCUACCUGUCUGUGUAUCGAAUUUUCUUGGGUUUUGCGAUAUUCCAUGCGAUUCUCAUGAUUUUUACUCUUGGAGUGAAAUCACAGAAAGAAUGCAGAGCUGGGAUUAAUAAUGGGUAAAUGACAUAAACAGGGCUCAGCAUGGUAUACUGGGAUAUCAGGAGUUCCCUGAAUUAAUUUCCAGCAGUAGGCUGCCUACCAAACUAAUCAUAAUGAAUAUUCUGAAAUUUAACCAGGGUCUGAAAUUUUAAUUUUUUCUGUAUACCCGCUUGAGAUACCAGGAUUUAAAGUUCCAGUAUCCCAUCUGAAAAUCCUGCAGUAUCCCACAAUACUGGUUAUCAUAAAUUUUGGCAUCCCUGAACCAUCAAAGCAAGUAUACAGUACACACACGUUUCUCAUUGUUAUAAAUUACAAUAACAACAGGAGACUCUACAGCCAACAACUAGACCACCAAGUUAGAAAUCAAAGCCUCAUGGUUAUUUUCAAGAAGUCAGACUCAUAGACAUAGCAUUCAAAGCUAUUGGUAGACCACCGGAAACACUUAGCAUUAUCAUAUAAUGUUUGAGAUUUUAUAAUAUCCAGCCAGGAUACAAGUCAUUCAGAGUUUGGUAUCCAAAAUCAAAUUUUAGUAUCUGUGGAUAUCAGGAUAUUGCAGAUUUCAGAUGCUAAAGGCUGAAGAUUUCAGAUGUUGAACGGCAGUCGGGGUCCACAAAACUUUAACACACUGUUUCCCUCGGUCUCAGUAAAUAAGUGAUAACUAUACAUUGAUUCAAAGAACUGGAGAUGUAAUAUUUUAAAUCCGACUAUGAAGACUGCACUAUAUUUCAAGUCCGAGGCGAAGCCGCGAGGACUGGAUCAAAAUGCGAGGAAUCUAGUCCAGUCGAAAUUGGAAGAUUUGAAAUGAUAUCUCAUUAGAAUAUAUUACUACUCAAAGUGAGGUGAUUUAAUUUCGAUCCAGUCCAAGGAUUGAAUUAAUUUCGAUCCUGUCCCAAGACUGUAGCAAUAUACUCCACCAGAUAUCCAGUAAUAUCAUGUGAGCAAAAUAAAGUGAUAUGUCUGGCUAAUUUAUGCAUAAAUUAUUAAUGAGUUUGAGAUUGUACUGUACGAUGCAAAAAGAUAUUUAACAUUGUCCUUUUCGUGUGAUGUGCAGUGCAAACUUCAGUUUUUUAAAUGACGCUAUAUAUUUGUUGGUAUUUAAAGGCCAUAAACACAAUACAACUAGUCGAAUACCAUUGACAUUCUGGCUAAUGAAAACAACCGCUGCUGCACUAUUCGUGUUCAUCAGUUUGUGACAUCUUUACACAUAUUAUUCAAGUAUAUAUAAGAAUCAUACUGGCUUUACUUGUAUCGUGUAGACACGCCUUAAAACAUCAGUGUCAGAUUUUCCUAUAAUCUUGUCUUACACAAGGUGUAGCACAUAUCACACUAUGGAACAAUUUACCCAACACUAUGGAACAAUUUACCAGACAGCUUGAGACUUGAGACGAGUUUAAGCAUUUUUAAAAGACGUUUAAAAACGCAUUUUUUUUAACUUUCUUAUAAGUAAAUUAGGUCUAGGUCACAUUUUUAAACUUUUUAAACUUUUUUGCUAGUAAAUUAGGUUCUGCAUGUCCAUAUUUUUAAUGUGGUAUGAAUGUAAAGCGCCUUAGAGUACUGUAGAUUUGGCGCUAUAGAAAUUCUGUGUAUUAUUAUUAUUAAUUCUGAAAUCUGAUUUAAUUUGUUGUUUGUACUGUAGAUUCUGGGGUAUCAAGUUCAUUGCCCUCAUUAUCCUUUGUGGCUGGUCAUUCUGGGUGGAAAGUGACAAAUUUGCCAACAGUAAGAAUUUCCAGUAAAAAGAAAAUUCAAUUUAUGUUAAAAUUAAGAAGUUAUCACGUCAAGCAUUAUUAUUAAACACUAAAAAAUGUUUGGACUUUUCAGCAUUGAUGUAUUUUGGUUUGAUUGGAGGAUUGCUUUUUAUCGUCAUUCAGUUGCUGUUGUUGGUCGAUUUUGCUCAUACCUGGAAUGAAAUAUGGUGA